UGCGGGAUUUGAAAAUUGAAAUUCAAAAAAAAAAAAAAAAACCUGUUACAGAGAGAUACAGAGAGAGACGGAGACGGAGAUGGAGAAAACGGGCGCAGGAGUAGUAGUGUUAUCGGCGAAGGAGGCAUUCGAGAAGCUUGAGAAGGUCGGAGAAGGGACAUACGGGAAGGUGUACAGGGCACGAGAGAAGGCCACUGGGAAAAUCGUUGCUCUCAAGAAGACUCGUCUUCACGAGGACCAAGACGGUGUUCCUCCCACCACACUUCGCGAGGUUUCCAUCUUGCGAAUGCUCUCUCGCGAUCCCCAUGUCGUUAGGUUAAUGGAUGUGAAGCAAGGCCAGAACAAGGAAGGGAAGACAGUGUUGUACUUGGUGUUUGAGUACAUGGACACUGAUCUCAAGAAAUUCAUCCGCUCCUUCGAUCAACCGGGACAAAACAUUCCACCCGAAACUAUCAAAAGCUUGAUGUACCAGCUUUGCAAGGGGAUUGCUUUCUGCCACGGUCAUGGGAUCUUGCACAGGGACUUGAAGCCUCACAAUCUGUUGAUGGACCGAAAAACAAUGAUGCUUAAAAUUGCUGAUCUUGGACUCGCUCGGGCAUUUACUGUGCCAAUUAAGAAAUAUACACAUGAGAUACUAACCCUGUGGUAUAGAGCUCCUGAAGUCCUCUUGGGUGCUACCCAUUACUCAAUGGCAGUGGACAUAUGGUCCGUUGGCUGCAUAUUUGCCGAACUUGUCACCAGACGAGCUCUCUUUCCUGGUGAUUCCGAGCUUCAACAACUCCUGCAUAUAUUCAGGCUAUUGGGUACUCCUAAUGAAGAGGUGUGGCCAGGGGUGAGUAAACUAAAGGACUGGCAUGAAUACCCCCAAUGGAACUCUCAAAGUCUGUCAACGGCUGUUCCAGGUUUGGAGGAGCUUGGACUCGAUUUGCUAUCUCAAAUGUUGGAGUAUGAACCUUCCAAGAGGAUUUCUGCAAAGAAAGCAAUGGAACAUGCUUACUUCGAUGACCUGGACAAGAGGAAUCUUUAGAAAGACACAGAUUGAUUCAAGAUUUGGUUGUAGAAAUUUAUGACUACCAAUUUAUUUUUAUGCUUCUCUCGAGCGUGUAUCGUUUUAGGAUGAUGGACUUUUGCUGUUUAACUUUUCAUAUUUGAGGACUGAUGGAGUGAUUGAUUGCGCUUGGGAUUUAUUUGCAGAAACUACAUUUGAAAUUAGGAUUAGUAAAAAAAAUGUUCUGUUUAGUUUUCAAUAUAAAGCAAUAGAGAUAGUUGCAUCUACAGCUACAUGUGGAUCUUGCAUGACUUCCUAUAAAUGAAGGGAUAACUUUCAUACAUAA